AUGUCCGCCCCCUCGAUUGCCAGCUACAUUGUCAAGCGCCCAUGGCUCAAGCGCUGGAUGACCCCCUUGGCCAAUUGGUACACUGAUGCCGCCGGCUACAGGAAGCUCGGACUGAAGUUCGACGACCUCAUCCCCGAGGAGAGCGAGACUGUCCAGAAGGCCAUCAAGCGUUUGCCUUCCAAGGAGGCUUACGACCGUGUCUUCCGCAUCCGCCGCGCAUUCCAGUGCUCCAUUUCCCACACUCUCCUUCCCCCCAACGAGCAGAUCAAGCCCCACGAGGACGUUGAGUACCUCAGCCCCAUCAUCCGCGAGAUCGAGAAGGAGAACAAGGAGCGUGAGGACCUCGACAACCUCGUCGUCCGCAAGUAA